AUGCGAGCCAGAGGAAAGGCCAUCGGGGACCUGCGCAUCGCGGUGGGAUCCUGGCUGGCCUGCUGCGCGUGGCUGUUGGCCACCGGCCCCUUGCAUCAGGCCGAGGGAGGGUGCGGCGACCGCAAGAGCCCCCGGUGCUGCCCCGGCCGGAAUAACGAGUGCGCCGACUUCUCUCGGAGGAGGACUCCGUGCUACUGCGACACCUACUGUGAGAAAACGGGCGACUGCUGUGAGGACUACCAUGGUGUCUGCCAGGUCUCAGCAGCUGUCAAUUGUGUGGUCGGCCCCUGGGGACCCUGGAGCGACUGCGGUUCUCUGUGCGGCACAGGCAGCAAAGACCGGACGCGGCAGGUCACGGUGCCCCCUCGAAACGGUGGGACCCCCUGCCCAGACCUCAAGCAGAGGAGGGGGUGCCUGGGGAAUCACCCAGUCUGCAAGACGGCAAAAGAGGUGGCUAAGAUUCUGCCCGAUUCCUUUAAAAGGGACUUUAAGGACCCCUGGAGAAGACCUCAUAUGCUCAUGAGGGAGAAGCUGCCAAGUUACUGCGUCUACUUCCACCUGAAGCAGGUGACUGCCACCUGCUGGCUGCAUCUCUGGAGCCGACAGCUGGCGAGAGAAAGGCACGUCUGUGUCGAGUGCCAAGGGGACGCCGCGGGGAGCAGAAACCGGUGCCAAGGGGACGGUCUGCAGGGAACCAGAACAUUCUGGACUGCCGCCUCCGUCGCUGGCUGUCAGGGAUCCUGGAUGCAGGAGGCCAUGAAAGAGAACUGCCAGUGUCCCCAGCAAUCCUUUAUCUUUGUAUGACCUGUCAAACCAGGUGACAAGUCAAGAGACACAGAGAAAAGGAUGCAAGCGACAGCCACAGCAGUCGGUCACUAAACCACCGGCUGAAGAAAGGAAGGAAGUACCAAAUACGAAUCUCACACCACUUUUUACCUCAGUGUUACGAUUCCUCCACGUUCCAGUUCCCUUCUCCCUACAUCCUGACCUUUUUAGCAGC